AUGGAAGACAAAGGAGCAAGUUGCAUCUCCACCGUUGUAGAAGAGAAAAGGAAAUUGGGGAUUAUGACAAAGUUUGGAGAUAUUAUUGAUUGUAUUGACAUUUACAAACAACCAUCAUUGGAUCAUCCUUUAUUACAGGACCAUAAGUUGCAGAGGAAACCUAAUUUUCAUAAUGUGAUUGGAGAAUCAAGACAGAAAAAUUUAGGAAUUAAAUCCAUGUUUGAAUUGAGUAAAGAUGAAUGUUCGAAAGGGACUGUUCCUAUACUUAGAACAACAAAGGAGGACCUUAUUCGAGAACAAUCAAUGUUAAACGAUCAUAUAUUGAUUAAAGACCUUCCUGGUGUUCAUACAGAUAACUACAAUAAAACAGGAUGUUACAAUAUUCGAUGUCCAGGUUUUGUUCAAACGAGCAAAAAAUUUUAUCUUGGUCAACGCAUAACCAACACAUCUAUUUGUGGUGGACAAACUAUUGACAGUUUCCUUGCUAUUUCUCAGGAUACAAAGAGCAAAAAUUGGUGGAUAAUUAUAAACAACAAGUUCAUUGGAUAUUUUCCAGCAAAAUUAUUCUCGAACAUGAGCACAGCUGAUCAUGUAGGAUGGGGUGGAAGAACAAAAACUCGUCCUAGUACUGAUAGUCCUCAAAUGGGGUCUGGACAUCUUCCUAAUAAUACUGCUUCUUACUUUAGACAAAUGUGGUUUAAAGAUCCAUCUGCUGUAGCUCGUGGACCUAAAUCGAAUCAAGUGUAUCCCUUGGUUGACAAACCCACUUGUUAUGGUAUUAAAAACUAUGGAGAUAAAAGAGGUCACAAUGGCUACUAUUUUGAGUUUGGAGGACCUGGCGUUGAAGGAACUCAAACUAUACUAAAAGAAGAUUUGGAGUUGGAGAGACAACUUCGACUUAUUAAUAAGCCUCCAUCAAAAAGUAUCCAUACGGAGUUUGGAGACAUUAUUGAUUGCAUUGACAUUUACAAACAACCAUCAUUGGAUCAUCCUUUAUUAAAGGACCAUAAAUUACAGAGAAAACCAAACUUUCAAACUGGGUUUGGAAAAUCAAGUCAGAAAAAUUUAGAAACUAAAUUCAUGUUUGAAUUGAGUAAAGAUGAAUGUCCGAAAGGGACUGUUCCUAUACUUAGAACAACAAAGGAGGACCUUAUUCGAGAACAAUCAAUGUUAAACGAUCAUAUAUUGAUUAAAGACAUUCCUGGUGUUCAUUUUGCAGAAUUUUUUCUUAGACCACAUUAUGCUCCUUAUUACGGAGUGGCAGGAACAAAUAGUAUUUAUAAUCCACAUAUUGAUUCAAAGUUUCAAAUCUCUAUGUCUCAUAUAUGGGUUGAAAGCGGAACAGUAGAAUCUACUAAUAAAAUCUCGUUAGGAUGGCAUGUGGCUCCAGAACUAUAUGGUGAUUAUGCAUCUCAUAUUUAUACCUCGUGGACGGUAGAUAACUUCAAGAAGACAGGAUGUUAUAAUCUUCGAUGUGCAGCAAAAUUGUUCACGAACAUGAGUUCAGCUGAUCAUGUAGGAUGGGGUGGAAGAACAAAAACUCGUCCUGGUACUAAUAGUCCUCAAAUGGGGUCUGGACGUUUUCCUGAAAACAGUGGUUGUUACUUUAGAGAAAUGUGGUUUAGAGAUAGAGGUGAUCUUCCUCGUGGACCUGAACCAAGCCAAAUUUAUCCUAUACUUGACAAACCCACUUGUUAUGAUAUUAAAAACUACGGAGACAAAGGACGUCACUAUGGCUACUAUAUUGAGUUUGGAGGGCCGGGUGGUAGUUGUGGCGAUUAA